AUGAUAUUUUUAUUCACAACUGCGCUUUUAGCAGUAAACGCUCAACAUGACUCACAUGGACACGCUACAUCUUCGCAAUCUUUUAUUAGACACGAAGUCACGCAAAACCAACAUGCUUAUCAACAACCCCUUGCUUAUCAGUCGGCGUAUCAUCAUCCUAUUGCAGUUCAACCAGCUCCUGUCCAUGAACCAAUAACAAUUCAACACGUUGCUCCUGCAUACCACUCAGAACCUACUGUGCAUCAUAUACAACCAAUCGUACACCACGCUUCUACCGUUCACCAAGCUGUGCCAGUUCCAAUUCUACAUCAUGCUGCCCCAGUAGUACAUCACGCAGCCCCGGUCGUACAUCACGCUGCCCCAGUAGUACAUCACGCAGCCCCGGUCGUACAUCACGCCGCCCCAGUCGUACACCAUGUUGCUCCUGUCGUACAUCAUGCUGCUCCUGCCAUUCAACACAUUUCUCCUAUCGUACACCACGCUGCCCCCAUUCAACAUUCUAGCAACUACCACAACGAAGGACAGUCCGGUCAUGGACAUGAAGAGUACCACUCACACCCUAAGUACGAGUUCCAAUACAGCGUAGAAGAUCACCAUACUGGAGAUAUCAAGUCCCAGCAAGAAGCCCGUGACGGCGACCACGUGACCGGCUACUACAGUCUACAUGAGCCUGAUGGUUCAGUGCGCACUGUACACUACAAUGCUGACCACCACAGCGGAUUCAACGCUGAAGUACACAACUCCGGGCCAUCAACCCACGUACAGCCUGCACAUCAUAGUGAACCUCAUUAUACUCUUUCUCAUCAU